AUGAUGCAUAAUCUUACAACAACUUCUAGGUGUCCUUAUAAAUAUCCAACUGAACAUAUGAAAUAGGAUAGUAAAAGUAUGACAUUCAGAGACUUUAUUUAAAUGCAGUAAACGAAAGAAGAAAUGAAAUUAUAACAUCCAUGUCAAUUAUCUCCAAUAUAAGGUUCUCCAAUGAAUUCAAAAAAAUAAAGAUGGGAAAAAUAGUUAAGUACUCUGUUGCGUUAAGACUAAUAAAAUGAGUUGUCUAUUAAGCAUUCAUCUUAAUGUCAAAUAGCAAUGAAAGAUUUUGUAAGUAAAACUAAGAAUUUCCGAAGUCAAGAAUAAUCUCCUACUAAAACUUUAUAUCAUUUACCAAUGAUAAGUGAUUCUCAAGAUAUUGUACUUCCAAAUACUCCUCAUCAUUUUAAGUUUACUCCAAUUUAACCAAAAACAAAGGCAUAAAAUUUUAGUUGUUUAAGAAAUGUUUAAGAUUAACUUGUAUUGUUAAAAAAGCCUAAAAUACAACAUAGUCAUAGAGAAUUAAAACAUCAAUAACCUAUGACAUAAACAGAAAUUAUAAGCAAAUUCUUUGAAACUAAAUUUUAGAAAAUAAUAAAAACAUAGAUAAAACAAUAUGGUAGUAAUGAACUAUUAGAUUAACAUUCAGAAACACUCUAUUCACGAAUUAUUUAAGAUAGAUAGUUAAAAAUGAAAUUCUUAGGAAAAUCUUUGAAAUAUUUGAAGGACAUUUACAAGAGUAUUCUUGGGAUUGGAUACACGUAAGAAAUUUUGCUUGAUCCAUUUAGAAUGAGAAGUAUCCAUGCACCUUUAUUUAUAAGAAAAGAGUAAUUCAUAAGAUUUAAGUAUUUAUUUAUAAACCAAUUUAUGGAUAUGGAGACUCCUGUUGAAUUACUAUUUAAGGGUUGUCAUAAAAUAGAAAAUUUUAAACCAUUAAUAUUAAAUUAAAAAAGUGAUUUUGAAAUAUUUGGAGGAGAUUUUGGAAUAAAUGAGAUUGCUAAAAAUAUGUAUGAGAAGAUAUUUAAGGACUAUACUUUAAGUCCAUAUUUUAAAGCAAUAGAACUUGAAGAAUAAGCAAUUAAAUUUGCAAAAUUAUUUGCUCAAUUAAUUGAUCAUACUGAAUCUCCAAAUUAUACACUUGAAGUAUUACGAGAAAGACAUGUUAAAUAUAAGUUAACACAUGUACAAUUAGCAAAUUUUAAGUUUUAUUUAUCUACAACAUUAUAAAAAUUAGGAAUUAGAUAUAAACAUAUUAGAAUAUUGCUUAGAAAAAUGGACACUUACAAAUUUGCUAUAUUAAAUAAAUCAUCUUUGUAAGAAUGUAUUAAUAAUUCUCCUGGAGGUUAUAGGGAAUUUAUUGAUAAUUUUGUUCGCUUAUGUACAAGUGAACCAAUUCUAUUUGAUUUAGUUUAAAAAAGGGGUAAAUUAAGAUUUACUGCACAUUGUGAAAAUGUAUUCCAUUAUUUUUUCAGAGAUAAUGUUAAGUCUAUUACUAAUAGUGAUAUUGAAUCAAUUCAUAAGAAUAAAACUAUUAUUUCAGAUAAAGUCUUUUAGAAAUUCAAAGAGAAAGCCAUGUAAGCAGUAAGCAAAGUAACAAAUGAUCCCAUUUUAUUAAGCGAUUUUGAAGAGGAUUGGGAAGAAAUUACACCCAUUCUUAUGAACAAAUCCAGAAAGACUACAAUUAAAUAAUUAGGUGGAUAGCUUGUUAUAAAUAGAAUUGCAUCAAAACUUGAAAAUGAAAUAAUGUAACGGCCUUUAUUAUAUAAAGUAUUUGAGGUAAACUUUAAAUAUAAAGAAGGAUAAUGAAUCACCUGUUGGAUAAAAUUUAAAAUGUAAACUCAAUUUAAUCCUAUAUGGACUUCAUUUCUACAAAAGAACUGAUAUUGAAGUUCUUCAUAAACGAUUAAGAAUUAGAGAAUAACCUUACUUCGAAUUUUAAUAAGUACUAUAUUGACAUUUUAUUAAUUUAGGCUAUGAAAACAGUUAUGCAGGAUGAACCGUAAAAAUUAUAAUUUAUUCUUGAUGUAAUAGAUGAUUACAAAAAACAUAUAGUUUUCGAUUGA